UUUUACUCGCUGCUUAUGGCAGGAGGUAUAUUCGGGUUGAAACUGAUGAGUUUAGAUGUUCCUACAGCUGUAAUGCAAGGAGAUUCUGUUUGGCUCAACUGUACGCUGGAUCUCGAAUCAGACGACCUGUACUCGGUGAAGUGGUACAAAAAUGAUGUGGAGUUUUAUAGACAUCUACCGCAAGAUAAGCCGUCUGGUCAGAAAUAUGACAUACCUGGAGUUCAUUUGGAUCUUCAGAAGUCCGUUCAAGGUCACGUAUACUUGAAGAAAACUGAUUUAGAAACUGAAGGUGUUUACAGAUGCGAAGCUUCCGCCGAAUCUCCAACGUUCCAAACAGUAGAGGCAGAAAAACAACUGAAAGUCUAUGUGUUGCCACAGGAAGAUCCUAUUAUCGAGGGCAGUCAACCAAGAUACGAAGUUGGAGACUUCGUUAACGUAACUUGCAGAUCUGGAGCUUCGAAACCACCUUCUGUUUUGAAAUGGUAUAUAAACGGUAAAGAGGCGUUUCCUGGGGAAGAAAAAUCUUACCCAGCAAUCAAGCAUGAAAACGGGUUGCAGACGUCUCUACUGGGACUCAUGUUCAUGGUAAAACCACACAAUCUUUUUCAAGGGGGAGCCCUCACCUUGAAGUGCACAGCUACAGUUUCUCAAACUUAUUCAACGUCUAGUGAAGAACUCAUAAUUGGAGAAAAAUACGUUGACGCAUCUUCUCCGUUGAGCACGUUAGCUGUUUUAGCAGAGGAUGGUCCUAUUAUUUCUGGAGGGAAAUCGCACUAUAGAGUUGGUGACGAUCUUAUUGUGAACUGCUCAUCAACUCAGACAAGACCUAUUCCUCAGCUGCAUUGGUUUCUAAAUGAGGAGCCGGUGCCUGAAGAACAUAUUAUCAGGUAUCGCCCCAUUGACCACGGGGACGGAGAACACACUUCAGUGCUCGGGCUCAAAAUCCGUGUGCAAAGCAAUCACAUGGAAGACGACGAGAUGCGUGUCAAGUGCACGGCCAGCCUCUCCAGAGUGAUUAAUGUGAGGAGCGACGAGAGGACUGUUGGAGGAAACAGUCGGAACUCUGGCUUACAAGUUGCUGAAAACUACGGAAAAGGUUAUUUGUUUUAA